GAUACGUCCGUCCUUACAGCGCUCCAGCACAUUGCCGUACUUCUCAGCAGCAGCAUGGCGAACCUGGAACCAGUGGCUGAGGACUGCGAAAGUGGGAAAAUGUCAACUGAAAAUUGUACCUCAACGCUUAAGCAAAGUUGUACCCCGGCGGGAGAUAAGAGCGCAGUGCCGUGUUUGAUACCGUCUUUUGCGGACGCCUGCAAGCUUGUGGACGCGCCGUACUCGUGCCUGGUCGUGGAAAGCCACCGGAGACACGUCGCGCUGUCGCCUCUCUACCUGCGAAAGAAAAGGAGCGGAAUUCAGGAGCAACUGAACGCAGAACUCCUGAAGUACUCCGAAAGUUUGAAAGGGGUUCCUUUGGCCUAUGACAACAUCAAAGUUAUCGGACAAUACGGAGACAUUUACGAUGAUAACGGAUUCAUCCACAUGAACAUUGAAGCGAUGUUUGUGAUCUUCCAGCCCAAACGAGGACAGAACCUGUCUGGUGUUAUAAAUAAAGUUGGCGUGAGUCACGUGGGCUGCGUGGUGCACGGCUGCUUCAACGCCUCCGUGCCCAGGCCCCCGCAGGUGUCUCAGGAGGCGUGGCAGCAGGCGGGGCUGAGUGUUGGCUCCGCCCUGGAGUUCCAGGUGUCCCAGCUGGACGCUGACACUGCAGGGGUCCUGCUCAUCAGAGGGAGGCUGAACAGACACAGUACACAGACUCUCGCUGCAGUGGGCGUGGCCAACGGGGCGGAGCUUACAGAGGAACCGCCCGAAGAAACAACCGCUAAGAAGAAGAAAAAGCACAAAAACCCGGCAAACGAUUCGGCUGGAGUUUCCACGGCGACGGAAGAAACGACUGCAGGUGAGUUCGUUGCCGUGGAGACGGAUGCAGGCACAGCCUUGGUGGACGUGGACGUGAACAUGAAUGGGCACGGCGACGGCAAGAAGAAGAAAAAGAAGAAGAAAAAGAGGAAGGAGGAGGAGGAGGAGGCGCAGGAGGAGGUGCAGCAGGAGCUGCAGCAGAACUCUCCGGUGGAGUUCCACAUCAGCGACUCCAGGGGUUACCAGAGCGACAAGGGCAGCAGGAAGAGGAAGAAGAGGGAGGAGCAAGAGGAAGGGGCGGAGCUCAGCAACAGCCUUGAGGAAUCUGAACCGAAGAAGAAGAAGCAGAAGAAAAACAAGAGAAGCAGCCAAUAAAAACAGGGCUUGUGGCUGGUGGGAGGGGAGCAGACUGACGCGCGCUGGCUUGGCUGCAGGUCAGUCGGGAUUUUCUGCAGCACAGUCCUGUGAAUUAUGAACAAACUCACUGUGAGCUGGUCCAGCAUACUGACUGAAUUUAUGAGACAAACUGUAAAAUUGUAAUAAAAUACUUUAUUAUGCAUU